UUGGAUGCGUAUGAAAAAAAGAUAUUCGAUUUGAAACUUAGCAUAUAUUAUUUUCAAGAAAAACUGCGUAAAAUGGACCCAACGAAUCUUGAAAAGCUUACAAAAGAGAAUAAAAAAUUGAGUGAACAAAACGAGUUAUUUGCUAAUGAACUCAGAAAAUACAAAGGGCUGAUAAUUGACAUGGAUGAGGCAUUGGAAAAUUUACAAGAGAAAGUUUCUAAUCAGUCACGUGGAAUGACUAGAGACGAACAGCAACAAUUUGAUAUGUAUAAAUCAGAUGCUGAAUAUUAUAGAAAGGAAAACGAACGUUUGCGCGAUGAGUUAGAGCAACUACGUCAGGAUAACAAGCAUUUAAGAUCAACUAGAAGCUCAACAUCUCAAUUUGAAAAGAACGAAGAGCUUACAGAAUGUAGAAAGAAGCUUUCACGCGCGCAACAACUGAUAGAUCAGCUACAAAGAAUAAAUCAGCAACAGAAGCAGCAAAUCGAUGGCCAGCGUUCAUGUAUUGAGAAAAGAGAAACAGAUGAUGCUCGCCUAAACUCAGUCCUGUCCGCAAGAGAUCGCGCACGGGAGGAGUUGAAAAGAAAGAAUCAAUUGAUCAACAAUUUAGAGGAUAGGCUUGGUAAAUUACAAGAGGAUUUGGAUGAUGCAGAACAUGAACUCGCUGAUAAGUCAAAAAAAUGUGACGAAUAUCUGCAGCAACUACGAGACUUACGCUUGGAAAACACUAAAGGACUUGAUGGGUUGGAAAAAGUAGAACAACUACAGAAAGAAAAUCAAGAGCUAUCGACUGCUCUUGCAUCACGAGAACAGGAAGUUGCUGCUUUGGAAAAGGAGAUAGAGAAGUUACUCGUGUAUAUCGAAAAAGUAAAGGAUGGCCAAGAAGAUACAGAUGGUGCUGAAGUGAUGGCUGCAACGCAUGCUUUACAGGAAAAGGAACAGGAACUCAAAGUAUUGCAAGAGAGGCUCGAUUUAUUAAAUAACUCACAACAUGAGGAGUUGGAAGACUAUGAAAAACAAUUGGUUGUGUUAGAGACUGAACUGCAAAAGAAAGAUCAGCAAUGUAAAGAAGUUGAGAUACAAUUAAGGAAAGCUCGUCAGACUAUCCAGAAUCAAAGAAAAGAAUUUGAGGAAGCACUAGAAAGUCAGUACAACAAAUUAAUAAUAGCUGUAAGAGAUAAGGAAGUCAGCAUAGCAGAAUUGGAAAAUGACAUGGAAGCGAAACAAGAUAUCUUGCAAAGGGAGAAGCAAUUAUUGAAAGAAGAGUUGCAAAAUAUGUAUGUAAAACUG